UGCACACACUGCUCAAGUCCACUAAUCACUAAAUAGGCAGUUGGAGAUACUCAGAAGUUUAUAAACUGGAUCCGUCUAAAAAAAGAGGGAAAAAGUGAUUUUAAUAAAACAGAACCGUCAGUUCUGCUGGGAAACAAAACGAUUUUUCUGCUGCUGAUGGACCAAAUCUUCUGUUCUAUGCUACAUAUGGUGCGUGUACCACGAUACCACGUUUUGAGAACCUCUGCCUUGAUGAGAGCGCAUAUUGUGCCAUUAACCGCUGUUAUCGCGCUCUGAGUGGAAAGAAGAUAAUUUAUCAGCGCAUACGCGUAACGUAGGACUGAGUCUCGUGGACGUUGAGAUCAAGCGGUUGUCGAUAUGAAGGCUGUAAUACAGCGUGUGUCGAAGGCUUCGGUUUCAGAUGCUGACUAGUGAAAUUGUAACAUUCAAUAAUCUGCGUUUAAUAAUCAACAAUGGCAACCUCUGAAGAGAAAAAGAACAUUAUACAAAAUGAGAGUGGCAAAUCAGGAGAACAAAAUCCAGAUAAGGAGAUUGCAGGGACUGAGAUAAAGAAUACAGAAGAUACAAGCAGAGUAGAUAAAUCAAAAAUAGACGAAUCAUCUAUUCCUAAAAAUGAUAUAUCCACUAAUCAACGACAGACACGCGAGAGUCAGACAGACCAUGAGGAUACAGAAACUACAGAGCAACUGAAAAAUCAGCUAGGUGUGUUAAUGAACCAAUUGGCCACUCUAUCGGCAGAAAAGUCAAAAAUGGAAGCGAACUUCCAAAUGGACAAGAAACAAUUGAGAAGCGAACGUGACGAAUGUGAAAAAGUAAUUAAAGAUCUGAAAGAUAGGCUGAAGAAGGCUCAAAAUGUCAAUCAUUCCGAAAUCGAGCAUGUAAAGUGCAAAUUAAUCAUGGAGCGGCACGACAGAGAGAAAGAACACGCCGACUUUGUCAAAAAGAUGAGAGAAUUACAGAAAUUACUAUACGACGAGCAACGCAGCAAGGAACAGUUGGAAGGACAAUUGAAGACGCAUCUCGCGAAUAAAACGCAAUGCAAGAUUCUCGAAGCCGAGCUAGAAAUUACCAAGACCAAGCUCAAACAAGCCGAAGAAGCUGCGAAAGAGACACCGCCGCAUCUUCUUUCCUUACAAGCCGAGAUGGCUGUGAUGAAAAAGCAACAUUUGAAUGCGAUUCGUGAAGAGCAAAAAAGAGCCGCCGCUGCGGAGCAGCAAGCGAGAGGAUCGGUCAUCAUGCACGAGGCGAGAGUGGCUGGCUUGGAGGCUCGAUUAGCUGAACUCUCCGAGAUCGUUGGAGGCUACGACAGACUGAGGCAACAGGACCAAUUAGCCAUUCAGAAAUUAAAGGACCAAUUGGCUGCUUUGCAGGAUACCGAACACAGCGAAGUUGUGACGUCGAGUAACCACCCGGAGGAAAUUAUUUCCAAGAUAAAGUCCCUGUAUACUCGUUUGCUGGAUCUUGACAAUAAAAAGAGGGACUCGACCUAUGUAAAAUCAUUGUUGAAUAUUUUGGAUCUGCGGGAUGAACAUCCUGAUUACAAGGAGAAAUACGACGCGCUUUUACAAGAAUUUGAAGAUUACAAACAUCAAGCAAUGUGUAAAUAUAAUAUGUCAUCUAACGUGCUCCGUAGUACUCAACAACAAAGACACAGCCUGUCUCUGAUGCAUGAUAAAGAUCAUGAUAAAACUCAAUUAAAUCUCCUCAAGGUUCAUAACAGCAACUUGGAGGAAAGGAUACGUAUGAUUAACAAUGAAAUGAUCAGUAAAGAGAGAGUUUUACAGGAACAAUUGGAGCAUCAACAAAAAUUAUUUCAAGAAGAACGUUCGAAACUGGAGCACACGUUGCAUCAAAAAGAUAACGAGUAUCGUAAUAGAAUAUCUAUACUAGAACAACAAUUACUGCGACAAAGAGAGAGAUCUAUGGCUCUCGUGGAGGAAAAGGAUAAAGAGAUAUUAACUCUAAAAGCAUCAUUUCGCGCAUUGUUACCUAAUAAAGAGACUUCUGGUACGACGGAAAAUAAGGCACAUUUGAAAAGAUACGAGAACACCAUCGAGCCGGUCACAGAUCUGGUAACGGGAUUGUUGACGAACGAUAGUCCUCCGAUACUGCAUUACACUCAAGAAUUAGCCAGGAAGGAGGUGCAAGUGUCAUCAUCAAGGAAGAAAAUUCUGGAAUUGGAGGCAACGAUGAGAGAGCAACAGAGAGAAAUGCUCCAUAUGAAAGAACAGCAACAGGAGGAGAUUAAAAAGUUGAAGGCGCAUAUCACUAGGCUGGAAGCGUGUAAAUCGAGAGAGGGUGCUAAUCUGGAAUAUCUGAAGAAUGUAUUUAUAAAUUAUUUAACAACAAACGACGCGUCGAGCAAACGGCACAUGUUAAAUGCCAUUUCAACAGUAUUGCGUUUUACAUCUGACGAGCUGAGUAAAGUUAAACAUUAAGAAUAGAUAUUUUUUUAUUAUGGCUAUAUUUCUCACAUAGAAAAAAUAAAUAUACAAACGGAUAUGAA